AUGAAGAUAUUUCAAUUGUUGUUAGUUGUGACUGUAAUCCCCCAUAACUCCCCGGUUGAAUUACCGUUGGCUAACGCAAACGAUAUCAAUAUAUCGUUAGGUGAUAUACAAGUAAAUCAAUCGAUUAGCGAUAUUACUCGUGGCCUCGUACAAGCUUAUGGCAAUGAACUAAGUGCCGAUUAUUUUUUCAAUUUCGUUAGCAAUCUGGUUUUGCGAUUUUCAACACAAUUCGGGACGGUGGUGACGAAUAAUAUAUGUGCGGCUAUUACAGCGGAGAAUGGCAUUAAAGCCAAUCCUGAAGAUAUACCAGACGUGGAAGACAUCUCCAUUCAACUACGCACAGCUUGCAAUAUCAAAGAGUAUCCGCUGAAGCAAUUGCCGAACAUAAUUAACGAUCCAGAUUUUGAUGUUAACAAGAGAGUAGUGAUCGCUUCUGGUUGGCUUACCAAUGCCAACAAGUCCGAUGAUAUGCUCGAUGGACUCGGCAAAGCUUUUAACUGUCGUGGUGAUACAAAUUUCCUAGGUAUCGAUGUCGGUCGUUACAUACAAACACUCUACUCGUGGUCUUUGUUGAAUACGACAAGAAUUGGUGAGAUACUUGCAAUCGCCUUGGUGGAUUUAACAAAGACUUUACCAGUGGAGAACUUCCAUUUGAUGGGUCACAGUUUGGGUGCACAAAUCGUGGGUGAAGCAGCGCGUCAGUACAAUCGUUUGACUGGUGAGAAAAUACCACGUGUCACAGGUUUCGAUCCAGCCGGUUCUUGCAUCAAUUACGAUCAACGGUUGAUCACGAUUACGGCAAGUGAUGCCAGCUAUGUGGAUAUCAUACACACCAAUCCGAGUCUUGUGGGUCAAGCCAUUCCGACGGGUGAUGUUGAUUUCUUUGUUGGUAGUGGUUUUUCCGUAAAAAAUAGUUCCUUGGAUUCAACCUGCUCACAACACCACCCUUUUCGGUAUUAUGUGGAAUCUGUUUAUCCGGGUAAUGAAUAUAAUUUUCCUGCGAAACGUUGUGACUCGCUGUUGCAUUUAUCACAAGGACGUUGUGUGGGUCCAGAAGUUCCUAUGGGUUAUGCACCUCCAAUGUAUUUGGAAGGUUUAUUUAUGGUAGAUAUUGAUUCCAAGAAGUCGUUUGAUAGGAACGCUUCUUCGAGUUAUAUAAGUCCUAAUUCGGAGUGUGGCGCAUGUCCGAAUUGA